AUGGUUGUUGUUCUUCGCCACUUGUACAUCUUCACGAUUUACGACUGCAAAUCCUCCGUUUUCAGCUGCUACCAGGUUUCGUCCUUCUCCGCUUCCGGGAGAGUUGCUACGACUGGAUUCCUGCUUCCGUCUUUGAACGCUGAUGUUUCAGACUCUGUGCAGUCCACUGUGGUUGCCAAACCAAGUGGUUUCCGUUCAGAAGACUUCCCACGAAUUCCAUCGCACGUCUUCUUCUGCUUCUCAAGAGCCAAAUUACUUCGUUCCACCAUGUUCUCGUGGAGAUCUUUCUUUGUUGUUGCUCACGACUUUUGUCUUGUUGAGACUUCUGACGACUGUCCACCGAUGAAGUCGUUCCGUCUGGCCAAUCGGUUUCAUCCGCUCGUCUCCGUUUCCAGGAGGGUUAUCAAGACCGGAUUCCUUUCAUGUCGGUUGAGUAGAUGUUGUACCGACCACUGUGACGUCGUCCACGUUGCUUGCCAAGCCAAGUGGGAUUGGGGUGGCUUUAGAGCCGACUAUUAUGUUUUCAGACUUAAAGUCAACUUCCGCGUCGGUCUUAGAACCUUCGCAUACAGGAAGCUGUGA